AUGCUCAGGCGGAAAGGUUACUGGCAGGCCGUCCUGUGCACUCGGCGCCCUCGCUUCCUCACAGGAGGGUUUCGCCCCUCUCCUCCGUCCUCACUCCAGCGUGCGCAGGCACCCUGUCUCGACCCUGCGGCUACAUCGACCGCACAUGAGUCACUGGCGCAGUCGCCUGCUUUAGCAGAGGUGGACAUCAUUCACUCAACCACCUCACCCGCCGUCGUGCUGGCAGCGCCGUCUGCGAACGUUCUGGCGACGCGCGCAAAGCCGGUGACGCCUCCACAGGAGACGCUGCGCCACGCGCUCGGCACGCGGGACGCGUACCGCAUCUUUUGCGCGCUGUUACGUGAGCAGCAGACGGUCGUCGGUGCGUCGUGCAGUGAACUGGAGCGCCUGCUCUCCAACAUUGAGGGAGAGGCCGAUUCACUCGCGGCAGCGGCAUGCGCCUGUGUGGCGGUGGCGCUGAGUCCGUCGGAUUGGCCGCCCUGGGUGUCGGCACGGUUUGCUGCUACUGGGACGGCGGCGAUGCCGAUUGCACACAACCGUGCAUCGGUGGACGCGGGGAAGGCGGCAGGCGCUGGUGAGGCAGCCAAGGAAGUGAGAGACGUCUGGGCGGUCGCGUCGCCGCUGCGUGUCACGGCCGCAGUCAUCCUGCGCCGCAUUGCUGCCCGGCUCCCCACCCAAGAUGCGUGCCGCUCGGCUUCAGCGCCUUGUCUGCCUUUGCUCAAGUGGCUCACGCUUCUCUGCGGGGCGGCGCUGGCGCCGUCGUCCAAGACAGCGCUGCACCUCGCGGCUGAGGUCAGUCGCGUUUCUCUCGACGCCGCUGGCGUGGCCCUGGCCGCGUUCUGCGCGUCUCACUCGUUGACUGCCGAGGGUAGCAAGGAUGACGGCGCUUCCUUCGCUGCAGGUCACACUCGGGAGACCUGGUGGCUGUCGCUCUGGAUGCAGCUUACCCAACCCAGCGCUCAGCCGCCAUCGCUGCCCCCCUUCUCGCUCGACGCCGUGGCCGCUUCGCCAGCAGUGGUGGUGUGGUCCAGCGGCCUCAUGUCCGCUGACCUCCGUGAGAGGCGCGUUUCGUGGCAUCUGCACUGUCUCAUCGCCUCAAAGGAGGUACACAGUGCGGCGCGACUCUUGGCUGGUGCGUGCCGCGAUACAUCAAAGGCGCCGCAUGGGGCCACCAUCCCUGUCCUGGCGUCCACCCAGGCGGAGCUCCUCUCCUCUCUCCCACCUCAGCUACUGGAGGAGGGUCGCCUAGGUGAGAAGCUGGCUAUGAAUCUAGUGGAGCACCUUAAGCACAUGCAGUCGCGGCCACGGCGGCCUUGGAGUGGCUCACCACAGUCCCUAUCGUUUGUGCCGACCGUUGCAGCGAACGCUAUCUUGUAUGCACGCAUGCUGCAAUACCUCCUGACAUCCAGCGCGCAAGUGGGCAGCAGGGACAGCUAUGUGCAUUAUCUUCACGAUCUGUCACUACUGCUGUCCCAGAGCAGUAUCUACGCGCUGGCGGCGUCGUUGGUUCCGGCCGAUCAGCCCUUAAAAAUCGUCAUGGUGGCUGCCAAAGACACAUAUCGAGAGGGCCACAUGAAGCAGCUCGUUGGCGCUGUGCGCCAGGUCGUCGAUUCUCUCUGUGAAGAGCCCAUCCCUCGUUUGGCCGCGCCGGCGACCACCGACACCGUCACUGAAAAUGGCGUCGCCUCCACGCGGAGGGCUCUGAAGACCGGCGCAGCGCUCUCCUCCACCGGAGUGGCACCGACGAAGGGUAAGAGGGAGUGUAAGGCGGCGAAGCUGGAGGAGGAGCAGACUGUCCUCGAAUGUGCAGCGGCCAACUCGUGCGGUGCCGCGUCGUGGCGGUGGCGUGAGGAUGCGUUAUCGGAAGUGGACGGCACGGUGCAGGCGGCGGUGCACCUCCUCACGUCGCUCUUGGAGCUGUGCUCUAGCCGCAAGAACAGCCUCCCACUGCGCGUUGCCGAGCCGAAGUGGCGUCGAGAGCUGCGUGAGCGAACCGCCGUGCGUGCACACAAGUUCGAGCUGCUCCUCCAGGAGCUCCCACACACGGAGCUGCGCGCCGUGUUGCAAACCCUCCUGGGGCACGGUUACAUUCGCGAGGGCAGUCAGCUGGGGGUUUCGUUGGUGAAAGGUGACCAGGUGGAUCUGCGAUACUACACCUUGCCCUUGCUGGGGUCGCUUUACUUGGCGGUGUGUGUCCCGCCAGGUCCCCCGACACCUGCUCAAGUCGUAGCUUCGAGCACGUCUUCUUCAUCUUCCAGCGCACCACCCUUCCCCGACGCAGAGGCUGUAACAGAGUCGGAGAAGCAAGCGGUUUACCGGAUGUACCGGCGCCGGCUCGAGAUCUACGGCAAUGAUGAUCUCAGUGCCACUGCACCCUCGUACUCGCCCGCUAGAGACUGUCGCAUCCGCAGCGGUGUUGAGGGCGAGCGUCAUGACGGUGUUGCUGCGCCGACCCGCCACGACUCGGAGGGCUCUGCGGCUGCGGCAACCACUGCGCUUGUACGCAGCCCUGAGAACAAACUUUUUCAGGCACUGGUGCUCGCUAGCACGCGCCCCGCGACGUCUCUCGCAAGCUACGCGACGGCCGAACUCGCAAACUGUUUGCUGAACCGCCGCGUCGAUGUGGCGGGGAGGGGAAUGGUGGUGGACGUCGGGUCUGCUGGAAUUUCCAAGGACCACUCUACCGGCAGAGGCCUAGGCGCCGUGUUCGGCCCCUGGCUUCGCACAGGGGUGGUCACAUGGUGA